GACCACAUUUGCGACCUCCAUCUUAUCAUGAUAUAAGAGUUCCACUUCUCCAAAAAGAGAUGGAGUAUACUGAAAAAUUGAUGAAGAGUCAAAAGGAACAUUGGGCUAGUUUUGGAUGUUCCAUCAUGUCAGAUGCUUGGACGGACAAGAAGCAAAGAUGCAUUAUUAAUUUUUUGGUGAACUCUUCUGUAGGGACAAUGUUCAUUAAAUCUGUUGAUGGGUCUAAUUUUGUGAAGACCGGAGAAAAGCUAUUUGAAUUACUAGACUCUAUUGUAGAGGAUAUUGGGGAGGAAAAAGUUGUCCAAGUUAUCACGGACAAUGGGAGUAAUUAUGUUCUUGCUGGCAAGAUGUUGGAAGCAAAAAGGAAGAAAAUUUUUUGGACCCCAUGUGCAGCCCAUUGCAUAGAUUUAAUGUUGGAGGAUAUUGGGAAGCUUCCAAAUAUCAAGAAAACAAUUCAACGGGCAAUUUCUCUUGUUGGCUUCAUUUAUAGCCAUUCAAGCACCCUAAGUUUGUUAAGGUUUUAUACAAACAAAAGGGAGCUAGUGAGACAUGCGGUGACUCGAUUUGCAACAUCUUUUCUUUCUUUGGAAAGGAUCCACCAAGAAAAAUCAAAUUUAAGAAAGAUGUUUGUUUCGGAUGAGUGGAAUUCAAACAAAUUAUCAAAGGAAGCAAAAGGAAGAGAAGUAUGUAAAACUGUUUUGAUGCCUUCUUUUUGGAGGAAUGUAGUGUACAUACUUAAAGUCAUGGCACCUCUUGUAAAAGUACUCAGACUUGUUGAUGGUGAGAAAAAGCCAGCUAUGGGCUAUAUAUAUGAAGCUAUGGAUAAGGCAAAGGAGGCUAUUAUGAAGUCUUUCAAUAACAAUGAGACUAAAUAUAAAGCCGUGUUUGAAAUUGUUGAUAGAAGAUGGGAUGUUCAGCUUCAUCGCCCAUUACAUGCAGCUGGUCAUUUUUUGAAUCCAGAGAUGUAUUAUGACAACCCUCAAAUGGAAUUUGAUAGUGAGAUUAUAAGAGGGUUUUAUGCAAGCAUGAAUAAGUUGGUAGGAGAUUUGCAAGUGGAGCAAAAAAUCAUGAUGGAGCUACACACUUAUAAAGUUGCAGGAGAAUUGUUUGGGACUGAACUUGCUAUAGCAAUGAGGAAAAAGGUUUCACCGGCUCAAUGGUGGAGACUUUAUGGUUCAUCAACCCCCAAUUUACAACAACUAGCCAUAAAGAUAUUGAGCUUGACUUGUAGUUCAUCCGGUUGUGAACGUAAUUGGAGCGUCUUUGAGCAAGUAAUUAAUUUGCUUUUGAAGAGUCUUAUUAGUUCCAAAUAUUUUAAAAUGUUUACUUAAUUAUUUAAUUUAAUGUUGCAGAUUCAUACUAAGAGAAGAAAUAGGCUUGAUCAUAAAAAAUUACAUGACUUGGUCUAUGUUAAGUAUAAUCAAGCACUCAUGCGAAGAUACAACCUUAAGGAUGAAGUUGAUCCCAUUAGCCUUAAUGAUAUUGAUGAAUGUAAUGAAUGGCUGGUUGGAGAGAUGGAUGGGGAUGAUGAUGAUGAAGUUGAAGCUCUAGAUGAGAGGGUUUUUGGUGGAAAUGAUCCACUUACUUGGAAUCAAGUUUAUGAUGCUUCAGGGGUUGGAGAGCCUCUAAUGUAUACUAGGCGUAACAAAAGGAAGCAACCUUCAAGU